GGCAGUGUGCGUGAGGCCCCGGAGCCAGCCAGGAGGUUGGAGCCAGUGAGAUGUCCAGUUCUGUGCCUUGACAGUCUCCUUUGGGUCUGUUCAAGUGCUCCUAACAUACAAAGAGGGCAUGGAGAAGCUAAGCAGCAUGGUCUGAGGUGGUGAACAUGGACUUUUCUCGGCUACAUACAUACACUCCACCCCAGUGUGUGCCGGAGAACACUGGCUACACCUACGCACUCAGUUCUAGUUAUUCUUCGGAUGCUCUGGAUUUUGAGACUGAGCACAGGUUGGAACCUGUAUUUGACUCUCCAAGGAUGUCCCGCCGAAGCUUGCGCCUUGUCACAACAACAGCAACGUAUAGCAGUGGGGACAGCCAGGCUGUUGAUACCCAUAUCUGCACCAGCAGGGCCACCCCCUCCAAGGAGAAAGAAACCAGGACAGUCAGACAGCGCAGAAGUACAAGCAAGCCAGCUUUUAGUAUCAACCACCUAUCAGGGAAGGGAGUGUCCUCCAGCGCCAGUCAUGACAGCUCUUGCAGCCUGAGGAGUGCCACGGCUCUGCGGCAUCCUGUGCUAGAUGAGUCUCUGAUCCGUGAGCAGACCAAAGUGGACCACUUCUGGGGUCUUGACGAUGAUGGCGACCUUAAAGGUGGAAAUAAAGCUACCACUCAGGGAAAUGGUGAACUGGCAGCAGAGGUGUCAGCCAGCAAUGGAUACACCUGUCGUGACUGCAGGAUGCUCUCAGCGCGCACUGAUGCACUCACAGCCCCCCCUGCUAUCCAUGGGACCACCUCGAGGGUUUACUCCAGAGAUAGGACUCUAAAGCACCGCGGUGCAUCCUUUUACCUGGAUAGGACUCUGUGGCUGGCCAAGUACACCUCCUCGUCCUUUGCAUCAUUCCUAGUUCAACUUUUUCAAGUGGUUUUAAUGAAGCUCAGUUUUGAAUCAGAAACUUACAAAUUGAAAAGCUAUGAAUCCAGAGCUUAUGAAUCACAAAGCUAUGAGACAAAGAGCCAUGGGUCAGAAGCCCAUCUCGGUCACUGUGGGAGGAUGACUGCCGGAGAACUUUCCAGAGUGGACGGGGAGUCCCUGUGUGAUGACUGUAAGGGGAAGAAGCACCUUGAGACACACACAGCCACCCACUCGCAACUGCUCCAGCUACACAGGGUGGCAGGGGCCAUGGGGCGCCUCUGCACCUACACAGGUGACCUCUUGGUUCAAGCACUACACAGGACCAGAGCUGCUGGGUGGUCUGUGGCCAAGGCCAUGUGGUCGGUGCUCUGGCUGGCUGUCACUGCUCCAGGGAAGGCAGCCUCUGGAGCCUUCUGGUGGCUAGGGAGUGGAUGGUACCAAUUUGUUACUUUGAUUUCUUGGCUGAAUGUGUUUCUUCUUACCAGGUGCCUUCGAAAUAUUUGCAAGGUUUUUGUCUUGCUCCUCCCACUCCUACUUUUACUAGGUGCUGGUCUCUCCCUAUGGGGCCAGAGCAACUUCCUCUCACUUCUACCAGUGCUGAACUGGACGACUGUGCAGCCAGCACAGAGGGUGUACAAUUCCGAGGACAUGCACAGACCUGGCCCUGUUCCCCCCAGCCCACCUCUGAAGGUUGAUUAUGAGGCUUCCCAGUGGCCUCAGGAGAAUGAUGUGGGACAGAAGGUAGCCUCUUUGAGUGCGCAGUGUCACAACCAUGAUGAGAGACUUGCAGAGCUGACGGUCCUGCUUCAGAAACUCCAGAUGCGGGUGGACCAAGUGGAUGAUGGCAGGGAAGGGCUGUCACUGUGGGUCAAGGAUGUGGUUGGACAGCAUCUGCAGGAGAUGGGAACCACAGACCCACUUGGUGCUAAGACUGACUUCAUGACUUUCCACCAUGACCAUCAAGUGCGUCUCUCCAACUUGGAAGAUGUUCUUAGAAAAUUGACAGAAAAAUCUGAGGCUAUCCAGAAGGAGCUGGAAGAAAGCAAGCUGAGAGCAGGCAGCAGGACUGAAGAGCAGCCCCUCCUAGACCGUGUGCAACACCUAGAACUGGAGCUGAACCUGCUGAAGUCUCAGCUGUCAGACUGGCAGCAUCUGAGGACCAGCUGUGAGCAGGCAGAUGCCCGUAUCCAGGAGACUGUGAGACUCAUGUUCUCUGAGGAUCAGCACAAUGGCUCCCUCGAGUGGCUAUUGCAAAAGCUUUCUUCUCGGUUCGUGAGCAAGGAUGAGCUGCAGGUGCUUUUGCGUGACCUUGAGCUGAAAGUGCUGCAGAAUAUCACACACCACAUCACAGUGACAGGACAGGUCCCAACAUCUGAGACUAUUGUGUCUGCCAUGAGCGAGGCAGGGGUUUCAGGAAUUACGGAAGCGCAAGCACACAUCAUUGUGAACAAUGCUUUGAAACUGUAUUCCCAAGACAAGACUGGGAUGGUGGACUUUGCUCUGGAGUCUGGAGGUGGCAGCAUCCUGAGUACUCGGUGCUCUGAGACCUAUGAGACCAAGACGGCACUGCUGAGCCUGUUUGGGAUCCCACUGUGGUACUUCUCACAGUCACCUCGUGUGGUGAUCCAGCCCGACAUCUACCCAGGGAAUUGCUGGGCAUUCAAAGGCUCCCAGGGGUACCUGGUGGUGCGGUUGUCCAUGAGGAUCUACCCAACCACAUUCACCAUGGAGCACAUUCCAAAGACGCUGUCGCCCACUGGUAACAUCUCCAGUGCCCCCAGAGACUUCGCAGUCUAUGGACUGGAAACGGAGUAUCAGGAAGAGGGGCAGCCUCUGGGACAGUUCACCUAUGAUCAGGAAGGGGACUCACUCCAGAUGUUCCACACACUGGAAAGACCUGACCAAGCCUUCCAGAUAGUAGAGCUUCGGGUCCUGUCCAACUGGGGCCACCCUGAGUAUACCUGCCUCUACCGCUUCCGAGUGCAUGGAGAGCCUGCCCAGUAGAGGACUCCAGCCUUGUACAUGUCUGUAUAUACCAAGACGCCAUAACACUGGAACCCUUUGGGGAAGAGAGCACGUGAGCAUAGGAACCUGCCACCCUUCAAUAAAUGUGCAAUGGCCAUGAGGACAUGUUGAGUCCUCUGAGCCUGGCCGGCUCUGUGGAUUCAUCUGAAUGUAUGAUUCUUAGAUACUUCCUUUGGUUUGGGGAUUUGCUUCAAUGCAUAAAGUCAAGAAGCAGAAAACCUGGCAGGUUCCAGGCUCCUGACACAUAGAGUCCAAAAGCUCUGCUCUGGCUGUCCUGGAUGUCAGGAAGGCAAAUUCCAUCUGAUAAACCUACACAUUUCUUUCAGGGAAAAUUUGCUCCAUCUUCUAAGUUCCCCAGUGGGGAGAAGCUGGGUAUGUCCUGGGCUGUCUGCUCUUAGCUCGGACUCCUACCAUUCCCUAGAAGAGUCGAUCAGGCUUUGCCGAGAGCAUGACCCAAAAGGGCACUGGGGAACACACACUUAAAAAUGGCAAUCUUGGGUCUCGGCUGGGCCAUUCCUGAUGGGAUUCACUCACAGUAUGGAUAGGAACCUCUUGAGCUGUGUCAGGCUCUGCUGAAGGGGGGAACACUAAGGUGCCACCCUAUCAGGUGGUGCUGAAGACUGUCACUUUUGGUCUUUCCCAUAGCAGCACUUUCUGCUGCUCUUGGAUUUGCCUCUGCACCAUUAUUGGCCCUUCUCUCCUGACUCAAGUUUGGUUUUAAUUAAUAUUUAAUAUUUAGACUAUUUUGUGAGCAGACUUUAUAACUGAUACAUCAUCUGGACACUUGAAAUGUUCAGAUGUUUUACAUAAAGAAUUGUUAAGUUUCUUUGGUUAGACAGUCUUGGCAGAACACAAGCUUACCCGUUGGGGCUCGGAGUUGGGAUUUAGUACAUGUUGCAGGCAGUACUUGAUUCAGUGGCCCGAAGCAGCACAUCCCACUCCUUAGGGUUAGAGCCACUGCCUGUGUGACCAGGUUGGGUGAUGUGCACACAUUUUUGCGUACUGCAGGUUAUACACAGGAGCAGAAUUUCCUAUAUUAAACUAAAUUUGGGACUUGGGGGUGGAGAUAUUUUGAAUAUUUAUUUUUAAAGAUGCAAGAUAGGACUUUGUGCAAUGUAUUUUUGUAAAUGCUUUUCAGAACAUUUGUCUUUGGUAGUAAUUCUACUACCACCAAAUUAAGAUGCUAUUGAGAUGUUUAAAUAAAAGAGUUAUAAUUUUUAAAAGUGCAUGUGCUAUUUCAAGUGAUAAUAAAAGUGUGUAUUUCUUUUCUCA